AUGCCGCACACUCUCCCGUCGCUGCCCUACGACUACAAUGCUCUGGAGCCUUACAUCUCCGAGCAAAUCAUGAAGCUCCACCACACAAAACACCACCAGACAUACGUCAAUGCCCUCAAUGCUGCCGAGGAAGCGUACGCUAAGUCUUCCACGCCGAAGGAGCGCAUCGCUCUCCAAGGUGCUCUCAAGUUCAACGGCGGUGGUCACAUUAACCACUCGCUGUUCUGGAAGAAUAUGGCUCCCGCCCCUGAGAAGGGAGGUCGCGGUGGCCAGCUUGACCCGAACUCGGCAUUUGCGAAGGCGAUCCAACAGGAAUUCGGUGACCUUAAGACGUUAGUAGAGAAAUUCAACGCAGCGACACUCGCUAUCCAAGGAUCUGGGUGGGGCUGGCUCGGCUUGAACCCGACGACGAAGAAGCUCGAGAUCACGACGACAUCCAACCAGGACCCGCUCCUGUCUCACCUCCCUAUCAUCGGCAUCGACAUCUGGGAGCACGCAUUCUACCUCCAGUACCUCAAUGUCAAGCCUGACUACUUGAAGGCGAUCUGGAACGUGAUCAACUUUGACGAAGCCGCGAAACGCUAUGACGCUGCAGUUACGCAGGGCAUCGACGCUGCCAAACUCUGA